AUGUUCCAUCUCACCACAAGACGAGAUACUCGGUUCAUCUCCACGCUUUCUGCAGAACCAGCCUCUACGCCGGGCGCAAUGACGAAGUUCCUAGAAGAUCCGUUUGGGACAUGGCAAACAACCUUCCUCUUCAUUGUCCUGCUCAUCGCCUUGGGCAUUUGUGUGAUCUUUCUGGGCACUCGCUACGCGGAGGUACUCAGAUUCAACACCUACAACUACGACACACUUCCAUUGACUCUCGAGGGGCGACAACCGAAGCGCUCGGCCAAUCGAGGGGAAGUCACGGCAUAUCUGUUCGCUGAGUCACCAAUAAGUCAAGCCAGCCGGUUGCAAGACGACGACCAGGUCAACCUCAGACGACGACCCGGAGCCGCAAAUAUUCGGCCUAACUUCGUUGCGAUUGGACAAGUUCGAGAAGGGAAGAUAGCGCAGAGAAGAGCGUCAUUGCUUACGGGCGCUGGAACAAACACGAAUGUACCCGGCCGCCUGGAAUUGCAGCCCGUGCAGACCUAA